AUGGCUGGCGUUUCCUUCGCGGGCAAGAUUGUCCUCCUGACAGGUGCUACCUCGGGUCUCGGAUUCGAAGCUGCCGUCAAAAUUCUCAACCUUGGAGCCGAAUCUCUCAUCAUCGGAUCUCGCAGCAUUGAGCGAGGCAACAAAGCUAAGCUUGAGCUUGAGAAAGCUACCAACCGACGCAAUGUCAUCAAAGUGUGGCAGCUUGAAAUGGACAGCUUCAGUAGUGUCAAGCUCUUCGCUGAUCGCAUCUACAAGGAGGUUGACCGACUUGACGUCGCUCUUCUCAACGCUGGUAUAUGGAACCGUGCAUAUAAUCAAUCAUCCGAGGGCUGGGAAGAGACCUUACAGGUCAACACGCUGUCCACCUCGAUGCUGGCUUUACUGUUGCUUCCCAAGUUGAGAAAAAGCGCCUCCGCCGCUAACCCCGUCCACUUGAGCGUUGUCUCAAGUCAGCAAUUCGUGCGAGUCAAGGCCGAGAGCCUACAAACUGACGACCUUCUAUUGCCACACCUGAAUGACCCCGUCAACUUCAAGGGCCCCAAGCAGUAUGGCAUCUCGAAGCUGCUACUUGAAUUUGUGAUGAAGAGGAUCGCCAACGUGUCGCGCAACGAAGACGGUACCCACCCCCUUAUUGUUAACACCAUAAGUCCUGGUCUCUGCGCUUCGGGUUUGGGCCGUCAGUACAACAGCUGGUAUGAGAAGUGUAUCGUGUGGAUCAUGUACAAGCUUUUUGCCCGAACUGCCGAACAGGGAAGCCGUUCUCUUGUCAGCGCAACCUUCCAGGGUAUCGAAUCUCAGGGCAAGUGCUGGCGCAGUGAUGGGUACUUGGAUGAGUCCACCGCUUUGACUACUGGCCCAGAUGCAGAAGAGCUCCAGGAGAAGGCUUGGACGGAGAUCAUUGCUGUGCUCGAGGACGAGGCACCUGAGGUCUCUCUCAUCGCCCGUGGUGUUUACCAGGGUGUUUAA